AUGGAUGAAAAGGAAACAUAGGGAAGUUAGAUUAAGGAUAUGCACAAUGAGGAGGGGGUGGAGGUGGCAUGUUAAAGUUCAUCCUAUUUUUUAAAUCAUAUUAACCUGGAAAUUCGCCAUUGGAAUUUUUCAUAAAUUUAAAGAAUGGAUGAAAAGGGUGAUGUCUGUGAUGGUGAUCACGGCGAUGGUGGUGAUGCUUAUAUUUUCUUGAAUGUGGUGAAGAAGAGCUUGAACUUCUGCUAGAUGAGCUAGAGCUAGAUUUAGAUUUAUUAUUUUUUCUUCUAUCUUUAGAUCUAUUGCGGCUACGGCUGCUACUACUGCUCUCACUACUACUAGGAGAUUUUCCCUUUUUAUUGA